AGUAAAGCAGAGAAUUAGUGUUAAAUGACAGUAGCACAUGUUCUGUAAAGAUCGGAGUGUAGCUGCAGCAAGAGACAGGUCACUGGGCACAGAGACUUUCCUCCUGGAAAAUGCUGUCUCUACACUCUCUUUGCAUUUUGCUCCUAAUGGUGCCAAUGUGCUAUUUGGCCGAAGAUGACCUAACAGAGCCCAAAAAGAAUCCUUGUGCAAACUGGAUGGGGGGAGCACCAGGAUAUCCUGGACACAAUGGACUUCCAGGAAGGGAUGGCAAAGAUGGGAAGGAUGGAGAAAAGGGAGACAGGGGAGAGCUAGGGAUAAAAGGAGAAAAGGGAGAAGUCGGUGAGCAUGGCCCCCACGGAACUGAAGGGCCUCGUGGCUUUCCAGGGGCCCAGGGACAGACGGGUGAGAAAGCCUUCUUGCAUCGUUCAGCAUUUAGUAUGGGGAUGGUCAGCAAAGCUCCAACCCCCAAUGUGCCCAUACGCUUCACCAAAGUCUUCUAUAAUGAGUAUCGCCAUUAUGAUGACACUACAGGAAAGUUCAGCUGCCCCAUUAAAGGCCUUUACCUCUUCACUUACCACAUCACUGUCUAUAUGAAGGAUGUCAAAAUUGGAUUGUACAAGAACGACAAACCCAUCAUGUUCACCUUUGACCAGUUCCAGACUAACAAUGUUGACCAGGCUUCUGGCUCCGUCCUGCUGCACCUAGACAUUGGAGAUGAGGUCUGGCUGCAGAUAUAUGGGGAAGAAUUUGGUGGUAUCUAUGGAGAUAAUCUCAAUGACUCAUCUUUCUCUGGAGUACUGCUGUAUCCAGACAAGGAAUGAUUGUGACGUCCAUCUGUGUCAUAUAAACCAUAAUGCUAUCUAUCAUUAAAGGUCAUUUACAAAGUAUAGAA